AGCAAGCAUUAAACUACACGUGUGUGUGUGUAUGCCUUGUGCCCUGUGCAUUGAAUGAAUUGAUGUUGACCAUCGUCGUAUUCUUACAAUCACCAAUCUCAUAGGCCAUCUUCUCAUCUCGGUUCUGGAGAAGCGCAAAUAUACAUCAUGGGUCUAAAUUGGGUACUACUCAUCUCACGUCAAGGCAAAGUCCGUCUGGCAAAAUGGUUCACAACAAUGAGUCCAAAAGCAAAAUCAAAGAUUACAAAAGAUGUCACACAACUUGUGCUCGCGAGAAGGUCAAGGAUGUGUAAUUUCCUAGAAUACAAAGAUACGAAAGUGGUGUAUAGAAGAUAUGCAUCCUUGUUUUUCGUAACGGGAAUAAGUCAAGAUGAUAACGAAUUGAUCACGUUGGAAAUCAUUCAUCGAUAUGUUGAGAUCUUGGACAGAUAUUUUGGAAAUGUCUGUGAAUUGGAUUUGAUCUUCAACUUCCAGAAAGCAUAUUCAAUCUUGGACGAAUUAAUCAUAUCGGGAGAAGUACAGGAAUCAAGCAAGAAAUCCGUUCUGCGUGUGGUCAGUCAAUCAGACGCUAUAGAGGAAGCAGAGAAUUCAGAGGAUAGUUUGGCACGAAUCGGUAGUAGGAGUCAAUGAUUCAAGAUCAGACGAGAUAUCAUGUAUUAUUAUAAAAAGCAGCUCUCCAUGAGAUCACAUGACAGCAUCGAAUAAUUAACCAAAUGUUCAGAGAGAAAAGAG